CUCAUUAGUUCCUGACCUGGCCUCCCAUCCCUAUAUAAGCUCUCGCCCUCCUUCUCGUGUACACCCUCCUCACCAUAUAAACCCUUUGUGACAUAAUCAAGCAAACACACUUCUACUCACUCACUGACAAUACCUAAUCAAUUCAUUAUUCUCUCGAAGGAAUUCGUUAUUCCAACAUUCAUAACCCUCAACUUCUUGAAAACAACACUGCAACACAUACUGCAGAGGAGUCAUUUCAAUAUCAAACAAUCCCACCCUUCUUGACCAGAUAUCAGCACAACCAUUUACUAAACACACCAACCAAAACAACAACAACAACAACAACAACAACAACAACAACAACAACAAAAACAAAAAGAUGCCCUCCCGCUACACAAUCACCGAGCCUCACCCCACCGUCGCCCAAAACACCUACAUCCAUGCCGGCCGCGGCGGUGCAGGCAAUCACUUCCGCGCCCCGCUGACCACCUCGCCCGCCGGCGUGCCCACCCCCAUCCACCCCGUCGCCACCAACGGCCGUCGUUUCUACUCCGGCCGAGGCGGCGCAGGCAACGCCCACAGCCACAUCGAGCGCCCCGUCCUCUCCUUCGAGGAUGAAUUCUCCCGCGCCGACCGCCGCGGCCAGGCACAGGCCCGCUUCGGUUACCAUGUCGGCCGGGGUGGCGCGGGCAACUUCGCGUCGGGGCUGACGGGUGGUCCUGCCGCCGGCAGCAGCAGCAGCAGCAAGAAGAGCAGGCAGGGCAGCGCGAGCUCCUCGUCUAGCUCGGGCAGCAGUGCAGGCUCGGGUGUGCUGAGGCGGCUGAGCGGCGUGUUUGGCAACAAGCACUGAGGCUUUCGAAGACCUCAAGAAAUAGUCUCAUCUCUGCCUGUUUCUCCCUCUUUCUUUGUCACGCACAUACUCGGCUUUAUGACAUGACAGUUGUGGUGCCUGGUGGUGUCGGCAACGUUUUGGACAUCUUGAGAGGGUUCUCCCUUUCUUUUUUUUAUGGUGCACGGUGGGCGUUUUCACGGAUGACCCAACAAAAGAAAAAGAAAAGUUCUGAACGACUGGCGUUUGGUUUGGUUGAAUUUAUUUGCUUCUUUUCUUCUUCCGAUUUAAUGAAACUUGGUGGGCCUCAGCUCAAACGAAGAAACAUUCGCACAACAAAGAGGAAAUGAUUAAAGAGAAAGGGAGGAAUGGACACCCUUUUUUUUUUUUCGGUCAUUGACCAAACCCUCCCAUCCAAUUCCUCCUGGCUGGCAGACUCCAGGACAUGGAUGGGGGUGGGUCAUCAUUGCGAGCGGCGUUUGUUCUGGUGAAUCGUGGGUGGAAAGCGAUAUUUUCUUAUGGUCUUUACAAUACCCCACCCAGGAAGCGACUUUAUGAUACAAAAGAAAAAGAAAGGUUCUUUUCGUCUUUUGGGCGGCUGUAUCAGCCGUCUGGUAUUAUUAUGCAGUAUGUAGCAUACAUGAAGGAAUAUAAUGGCCCGACAACGGCCUUGAACAAAUCUCC